GAGGAGGGGGAGCGGAGGGAGGUGUUUCUGUCAGUUCCGGCUGUUUGUUCGGGAAGUGGAACCGCCGCUGCCGGAGCAGCCCGGAGGGAGCUGCGGAUCGCGAGGCCAGUACCGACCCCGCCCGCCCGCGCGCACCGCCCCCGCCCGCCAUGGCCCGGGACUACGACCACCUCUUCAAGCUGCUCAUCAUCGGCGACAGCGGUGUGGGCAAGAGCAGCUUACUGUUACGGUUUGCAGACAACACGUUCUCAGGCAGCUACAUCACCACAAUCGGAGUGGAUUUCAAGAUUCGGACAGUGGAGAUCAAUGGGGAGAAAGUGAAGCUGCAGAUCUGGGACACGGCGGGGCAGGAGCGCUUCCGCACCAUCACCUCCACGUAUUACCGGGGGACCCACGGGGUCAUUGUGGUUUAUGAUGUCACCAGUGCCGAGUCCUUUGUCAACGUCAAGCGGUGGCUGCAUGAAAUCAACCAGAACUGUGAUGAUGUGUGCCGAAUAUUAGUGGGCAAUAAGAACGAUGACCCCGAGCGGAAGGUGGUGGAGACGGAAGAUGCUUACAAAUUUGCCGGGCAGAUGGGAAUCCAGCUGUUUGAGACCAGUGCCAAGGAGAACGUCAAUGUGGAAGAGAUGUUCAACUGCAUCACAGAGCUGGUUCUCCGAGCAAAGAAAGACAACUUGGCAAAACAGCAGCAACAACAACAGAACGACGUGGUGAAGCUCACGAAGAACAGUAAACGAAAGAAACGCUGCUGCUAAGGUCCCCACCCCUUGCAGAGACUGCACUGCGGCCCUCCCAGCCCGAGCUCCUCGGGGGACAGUCUCAGUUUUGUGCCGUUAUUUAAAGAAUUCUCUCCACGUUUUUGUAUCGGGAGGCGCCAUCGGCACUUCCUCUCCCUACCCCCUCGAGUGCCAAGAAGGUGUUGGACGAGCCUGCCCUUCCCCACUGGUGCCCUCCUCCCUGCCAAGGCGCCUGGACCUGGCGAGGACGCUGCCAGCCGAGCGGACUGAUUAACCAGUUGUACAUAGUGUAUAUUGCUUUAACCAGCUGCACACCCUCGUCCCGCUCUGGCUUUUGCCUCCAUAAUGCCAACCUGCUGCAACAGACCCUCCCCGGCACUCCUGUCCCAUCUCGCCGCCAGCAGCAUCCCCAGGGAGGAGACAGCCUCAAGUUCAAGCUGCACCUCUGGCUGGCCUGGGCCUGUGGAGUGGGCUCCAUGUUGCUCAUUCUCUCCUGCAGGCUGUCCUCGCAUGCAGGCUCUGACCCCUCUCCAUGGCCUGUGCCAGCUCAUCCUUCUGCCCCUACAGCUGCUCCGGGAGCUGGGGAAACCUGGCCUUGAAGCAGGCCGCAGCCUCGGCCGGCCCCAGGCCUUGGUUCCACAAAGGAAAUCAGUCCUGACCUUUGGCACACAGGUCUCUUGUCUUGCUUCUACACGCCUGUUGCAAACCCAGGGAGCUGUGGCCUCUUGUUUGUUUCAGCAGAAAGGUAGGGGUGUGCAGAGAUGGGCUUGCAAGGGGGGCAUAGGAGCAUCAUUUUAACAGAUAAAGAGAUGAAGCCAAAUCCGAUGAAUUAAGUUCCUCACAGUUAUUUUCUUUCCUUGAGGUUUGAUUGACCCAGCAGCAAAAGCUGUGACCAUUCCACUUUGGAUCCAGUGUUUUUAGCAAAAUGAGUAGAUUCCUGUCACUUAGGGGCUGGGCUCUUUCUUGGCCUUUCUUGGGAAGAAGGGUCCUUGCACCCUUGUCCAUGUGAGUCCAGGGUCUCCUGCUGGGGGUCUGAGUCUGCAGUGCAGCACCAGGCACCUCUGGUGGGGUGGGCACCUCAGAUCACCAGUAGCUGUUGUAGUACAGAGGUGGUUGGAGGAUCUCUUAGCAUGUGGGAAGAAAUGGCAGGGGGUGGGGAAGCCAGUUUUGACCCACCCCAGUCCCCUGGAGGAAUACCGGAGUCAUCUGCAUUUGAUUACUGCCCCUCCCUCCCAGGACACUUCAUUCCCGUUUCCCCUAAAGGAUCACGUAACCUGGGAAGAAUUGAUCUCGACACCAUGACGUGUUUUAUUAGAUCUCAUGUCCUAGGCAAUUUCCAGGCACAGCCCUGAUCGGACAAUCACAGAUCACUGCAGAUUUUCCAUGUUAACACUGUGGAUGGGUUUUUAAUCAAUAAAAACUGGGGGUUUCUUCUCACCUGUCUCUCCACUUGUCCAAACUGUCAGAAGCUGGGGUUCUGUGUGGAAGGCCUUGGCUUUGGCGCUGCAGGCUGGGUUCAGGGAGCUGUGGGCCUGGGAAGGCAGACGCCACGGAGGGCGCUGCAGGGCUGACUAGAAGACAGCCCCAUCUGGUCUGGAAAGCUGGGUGCAGAAUUGGGAGUCUCCGACCUCAGGACCGUCCUGGCUGACCAGGGGCCUGUGGGGAUGUGCAGGCACAGCCUCUGGCUGGUGGAGCUGUCACACUUGCCUCUGAGCACUCAGGAAGCCAGGUGAGACUGCUUGCCAAUUUAAGCAAUAAGAGGGUGAUCCUGGGAGCUUUGAGCCCAGACUAGAAGCCUAGGUGGCUUUGGUACCUGGACAUCCAGGCCCAGGUGUUGGGGUGAUUUUGGUGACGACAGUGUGCCUGUCUCACUGAGUGUUACACGCAUGAACGGGGUUGUGGGUGGUGGUGGGGGGGGACUCAGGGCUAGACCAAUGUCCUGUUGGACUUGAUGUGAAAUUCCUGUCAACAAAACUUUUAAAUGGUUUGUUUGUUAGGAUUAUUUCUGUAUUGAAAGUUUCUAAUUCUGCUUUUUAAAAAAAUAAUACUAAAAAUAAAGGUUCAAGCUGCCAAAUUUCCUUCCAGGUUCCGUUUGCUCUCCCUCCAGCUCUGCUGUGGAUGGGCCUGGCUUCUUCCCACCCUUGGGUCCAGCUCUUGCUUGCUCUUGGCCUACGUCCUGCACAGGUGCCUUUUGAGGCCCUGGGACACUUUGAGAAGCCAAGUUCAUUUUCUCUAUGGUUGUAGGGUGGCGUUUCCCCUCCAGGUUGAGGCACUGGCUGGGAGCACGCGUGGGAAGAUGCCAGGGGAAGCUCCAUGUCUAUUCUCAUGCCGGAAGGACGCAGUGGAAGCUUGCCUGGAGCCAUUUCUUUCUGGCUGUAAGGUCCUGCCAAGCUCCAGGGCCCAGCUCUCAGCUCGGGGAGCAGUGCUGGCAGGCGCACUUUGUAGUCUGCACACUGCAGGACUGGCAAGGAGCCCGGGGCUGAUGGGAGGGGUGCAGGGCAGGAUGCCGCUGCCCCGCAGGAGGGGUUCUCCUUCCUGGUCCAACCCAUGAGCUGGCCUCCCAGGUGCGGACCCCACGGCUGCCACCUUGAAAAAGGCAGCAGCUAGUGGCAGUUCUGACAUAAGGCACUUGUGGACCAAACCGCUCCACACACCCGGGGA